CCAUAUCUCACCCCCACUUCUAUGGAUAUGUAAUAGUUUUUUUUUAAACCCACUGUCACUCAUUCGCGUUUAACACACGGCGAACUGUUGGAAAAACUCGGAAGAGGUGGAAAAAAAUGACCCUAAGAUCGAAGGCUUUGCGUUUCAAAUCAAAGUUUAUAACUGCUGAACUCGCUCAUCUGUUCAGCCAGUCAGACAGCGAGGAUGAUGAAUUUGAGGGUUUCAGUGAUCAGGAGGAGGAAGAGGACAGAAGAAGGUUCAGCAAACGGCUGAGAACAAUGACAUUGGAGUUGGAGGAAGACAGUGACAUGGACACGGGCUUUUAUUCAGAUGACGAGGAGGGAGCCCCAUCCAAAAGGAGUAGUCUCUGUGUAGCUCUAAGGUUUCCUGCCAAAAGACUGUCCACACCAAAACAAGAGCUCGCUAAUAAGAAAAACAAGCCUGCCGCUGUCGCCUCUCUGCCCAGGAGUGCCAGCAAGAUCAUGAAGCAAGAGGUUGAGGAUGAAAAGGAGGAGGAAGAGGAGGUUGUCUCCCUCUCUUUGAGGAAAAGGAACAAGAACAUCCAGGAGAACAAAGCCAUGCUGGCGAAACUGUUUGCUGACCUGAGCACCAUGGCUGAGCUGACUCCCCUCAACACCCCUCAGAAGAAGAAGCGUAACUCGGAGAAGGUGAUGCCGCGCAAACGGAGGUUUGAGGUGGAGACGGGGUCGGAGAGGAGGAACCCGUCCCGUAAGGCCCGCCCCCCCGAGAACUUUGGGGUGGAAGAGAGAAGCGAGUGCCCCAGCCGAGAGAGUCGAGGCGCAGACAUCAGGAGACUUCUGGAGGUGGACAGAGAACUGGUCGAUGGGAGGAGGAAAAAGAGGAAAAGUCUGGGCUAUAGGAGGUCCCAGUACGCGGUGAAGUCAGUCGACGAAAUAACCAAGGAGGACCUUGACAACAUAGCCUACCGCAGCAAAGACAAAAUCUGGGAUAAGGAGAAUGGGAGUUCGUGUCACCAGUGCAGACAGAAGACUCUAGACACUAAGACGGUGUGUCGCAGUGGCGUUUGCGUGGGGGGCAAAGGGCAGUUCUGUGGACCGUGCCUGAAGAACCGGUACGGAGAGGACGUACGUGCUGUCCUGCUUGACCCGAACUGGUCAUGUCCCAUCUGCCGGGGAAUGUGCAACUGCAGUCUGUGUCGGAAGAAGGAGGGUCGCUGUGCCACUGGCAUCCUGGUGGGGUUGGCUCGCUACAACGGCCAUGAUAACGUCCAUGAGUAUCUGGAGAGCCUUCAGAUGGACCUGGAGUAGGACUGAUCGUUGGCGGAGUCCAAGAAGAGCGACCUCCAAGCUACAGACCGCUACCUGGACAGCACUUCUCACUUGUGAAUAAUCUCCCAUAUCUCGAGUCAAUUUCAUUUUGGUUCAAGUGAUUUAGAUUUAGACAGGCUGAUCUUCUGAUGACUAGAGGCCACCCCCGUGUCCAUGUCAGCCGCCAUCGCUGGCCACAGUCACACAUACUGUAAAUGGCAGGUUGCUUUUGUUCUGAUUUUCACGCUGAUUUAAAGGCAGGGAUUUUUAUUAUCACUUCAAAAUGAAUGCAUGAUUUGAAGAUGUAAAUUUUUGGGAUGGAGUAUUUUUUUUACUCCUUUUUUCAUGUUGUCGUUUUUACUAGAACCAAUGUACCUAGAAUGUUUUUUUUUUAUAUGUAGUAUAUGCCUGAGUAGGAUAAACAGUUUGGAUAAUGGAUGGAUGGAUGUAUGUACAAACCCCAAUUCCAAUGAAGUAAUCAUUGUAUUCUGUUUUUAUUUACGUUUUACACAACGUCCCAACUUCAUUGGAAUUUGGGUUUAUAUAAUAUUCUAAAACUGAAUACCUUUCACAACAUUGUCUGUGUACUGUUAAGUUUUAAUAAAGUAUGGCG